AUGUUGGACAUAUCUUUUAGUAAAGCAUAUUUAUUAUGCUGUGUAACAUUAAUAUUCAUUCAAUGGACAGAAAGUAAAAAUGCGGAGUAUGUGACUUGUGGAACUGUUGCAAAAUUGUACAAUAUCGACCUUAAAGUAAGGUUGCAUUCGCAUGAUGUUAAAUAUGGUGCAGGCAGUGGUCAGCAAUCUGUAACCGGAACCGAUUUAUCUGAAGAUAUAAAUUCACAUUGGGAAAUAAAAGCACAAACUGGAAAACAUUGUAAAAGAGGGGAGCCUAUUAAAUGUGGAAGUAUAAUUAGAUUUACACAUCUAACUACCAAAAAGAACCUUCAUUCACAUAUUUUUAGUUCUCCUCUGUCUGGCAACCAAGAAGUAUCCGCAUAUGGUAAUGACGGCGAAGGAGAUACUGGUGACCAUUGGUAUGCAGAUUGCAGUGGAGACUAUUGGGAAAGAGAUGAUGAUAUUCGAUUAAAACAUGUAGACACGGGAUCAUACUUGAUGGCUUCAAGUUUAUCAUAUGGUCGACCAAUUAAUGGACAAAGAGAGAUUGCUGCCGUAAAAAACCCAGGACCAUUUUCAACUCAUUGGCGUGUCAAAGAAGGCAUAGUUUUCAUAAAGAUGAACCAAAUUACCUUUGAAAUAAUAUCAAAUGAAUUCUGUUUACAUAAAAAGUACAAGACAGUCAAACAAUAA